CCGAGGUCGCUCCGCUUUCCCCCCGCAGCAAAUCUCCUCCGACUCCACUUUUUUUUUCCUGGGCUUCACCCACUUUCCGUGCUGCAAAUUGAUUCAACCACGUCCAGCGGAGAAGGACUGCCAAAUCGCAUAGUCGGGACCGACUAACAUACUGGCAUCGAAGUCUACAAAGUCCGAUAUCUACUGUCUUCAUCUGAUCAGACGUUCGUCUAGGUCUAUCUCAUUCGACUGCGGUCACAUCCUCUAGUACACCUCUCCAUCUCCUCACAGCACUCAUACGCAAGGGCUGGCUACCAUGAAGACGAGUAGCCUGGUAUUAUCUCUCGAUCAAGCAGAAUGUCAUCGAAGAACACAGACCCCGCCGUAGGGGCUUAUACCGAGAAGCAAGGCUUCUCCAACGCUGUGGAAAAUGGCGAAGGCGAAGCGCACAAUGAUCAAACGGCAGGUGGACCGCAUCUGCCUCCCCGCAUGGCUGCGUAUGUCCGCCGGGUCGAGAACCGGCUCGCUCGGUACAACCUUGAGACCCGCGGUAUACAACGGGUGCAAGAAGACGAGCGAAUGAAGAAACUAUCCUGGAUCUCGUAUUCCCAGGCUUUUCUCCUGUGGGUGUCUAUCAAUUUGGCGCCCAAUAAUAUUACGUUGGGGAUGUUGGGGCCGGCGGUUUAUGGGCUCAGCUUUCUGGACUCGGCGCUCUGUGCUGUCUUGGGAGCGUUUGUGGGCUCCAUUGCUGCCGCCUGGAUGGCGACUUGGGGCCCUGUGUCUGGUGUCCGAACUAUGGUUCUUGGGCGGUACUGCAUGGGCUGGUGGCCCAGCAAGAUAGUUGUGCUCUUGAAUUUGGUCCAAAUGCUUGGCUACAGUUUGAUCGACUGCGUGGUAGGAGGCCAAAUUCUAUCGGCUGUCUCUCCAAAUGGGAGUAUGUCAGUUGCUGUGGGCAUUGUGAUUGUUGCUGUCGUCAGCUGGGCUGUUGCAACAUUCGGCAUUCGGAUCUUCCACUACUAUGAACGAUUCGCCUUCCUUCCUCAGGUCAUCGUCGUUUCUAUACUGUAUGGCGUGUCCUCUACAAAGUUCGACCUGUCUACGCCAUCAGUUGGAGAUACCCGCACAGUAAUUGGCAAUCGGCUUUCAUUUUUCUCGAUAUGCCUCAGCGCAGCUAUCCUAUAUUCACCCCUCGCGGCCGAUUUCUUUGUAUAUUACCCUCAACGCGCCUCUAGGACGGCAUUGUUUUCACUGUCAUUGAGCGGACUCGCCAUCUCCUUCACCAUGGCAUUCGUGGCAGGCAUUGGACUAGCUUCCGGGAUCUCGUCCCACCCCGAAUACGAAGCAGCCUACAACAAGGGCGCCGGCUCUCUCAUCGUCGAAGGAUUCGGACCCCUCCACGGCUUCGGGAAAUUCUGCUCCGUCAUCGUCGCUCUCGGUCUAAUCGCAAACACCAUCGCACCGACCUACUCCUCGGGAGUCGACUUCCAGAUUCUCGGCUGCUACGCAGAACGAGUCCCCAGAGCCAUCUGGAACACCAUCGGAGUCAUAAUAUACGUAAUCUGCGCCCUCGUCGGCCGCGAAUACCUCUCCGAGAUCUUCACCAACUUCCUCGCCCUCAUGGGCUACUGGGCCGCCAUUUGGAUCGCCAUCUUCCUCGAAGAACGCUUCAUCUUCCGGCGAAAGAGCGGCUAUAACUGGAAUGCGUGGAACGAACCCUCGAAACUUCCGCUCGGGAUCGCCGGCUUCAUUGCCUUUGUGGUCGGGUGGGUCGGUGCCAUUUUGUGUAUGGCGCAGGUGUGGUAUAUCGGUCCUAUUGCUGGGCUGGUAGGCGAAUACGGCGCUGAUAUGGGAAACUAUAUCGGGUUCACCUGGGCGGGCCUCGUCUAUCCCCCUCUGCGGUAUAUCGAGCUCCGCGUAUUCGGGCGGUAGACUUGCAGGUUUGGUGGACAACAAUUCCAAAGGCUUUCUAUACAGGUUGCUGUAUAGCGUCAGUCAGUCAAUCGCCUUUGCUGAUCCGUACAUAUGUCGACGUUGUUAAGUACAAUGCACCGACCGGGUCAGCUAUAUCGUCCAUAGCAUCUUCCAGCAUUCGUAUAUGGUUUCCAGCUUAAGUUAGUAUAGUAUCUAUUUAUGAGUAUAUUGGACUGGGAUGGAUGUCCCUUGCACUGCAAAGCAGACAUCCUCUCAGCAUGAAAUGAAACCCAUAUAAGCACACA